UCUAUGAAGCCUUUCCAGACCUCUGCUAUGAACAAAAAGACAUCUCAAGUCCAAAUGAGGAGUUUAGAAACAAUAGACAGGCAGAGGGUGCCAUUUUACAAUUCAGACGUUCUCCUGAAAAUGAAGUAGGUUUUGAAUUGAAGUCAGGUAAUUCUCCCAAUCCAAGCACUGGUCAAGAAUCAACAGAUUAUAAGAAUGAAGGAUUAACUUUCCCAAAGUGUAAUGUUGAUCAAGAGGCUGUGACACCAACAUUAGACACAAGCUCCAUCGGUCCUCACCCAGAAUACAACGUUCUCAAAAAUGAUGAUCCACUUGAUGAUUUCAGUCCACCUCAAAAUGCCCAAACUGUGUGUAAUGACACACCCAAGAGUAGAGUGAAAGCCCAAACUUAUGCAACAGGGAAGAAGAGGAGAAAGAGGCACUCACUUGUCCAUAAUCAGUCACUGCUCAUGGAUGAUGAGUUGCUGGGUGAAGGAGAGAUGUCCAGCUCAAAAUAACAUGUCUGCCAGCACUGUAAGGCAACUUUUGGCAGUCCAUACACGCUGUGCAGACAUGAAUACAUUCACACAGGUGAGAGGCCAUUCUGGUGCCAUCAGUGUAAUUUGGGCUUCAUCUGGAAGUAUCGACUUUUAAAGCACACAGGGGACACACCAGACCAGGAAAAACUGAAAAGGGCAAAGAGAUCAAUUCAAGAUGACGAGACGUCAGUAAGGGAUGAAGCUAGUAUAGAGCCAGCAACAAAGAGUCUUGAGGAUUUACCAAAUACUUUUACAGACGACACUGGGGGAAAAGUUGCAGACACAAGGCAAGACACAGAGGUACCAAGAGAUAGGUGUUUUUGGUAAAGAUGAUGCCUUGGCUCCAAUCUCAUCGAGCUGAAAUAAAGUAGAACAAUGGCUAAACUGGAUCGUCUGAACACUUUCAUGACCGAGCGCUUGAUGGCUGCUGUGAAGGAGAUCAUCUUCACCGUAGGCAGAACGGUUCGGGAGUACGAGGAGGAAACGGAGCGAAUCCGGAGCGAGAACAAGCGACUGAAAGAAUUGCUGCGAGACUCUGGGUGCUUCAGUGAAGAAACAAAUGCCGCUCCUGUGCAGUCUUAUCAGCCCGUCUCUCCUGGGCAGCCCGGAUGGAUCUGCAGCCAGAAUGAAGAGCCAGAACCCUUUGAAGAGAUCCAGCAGGACCAGAGCCAGAGGCUCGGCGAACAGCAUCCCUUCAUAAAACCGGAAAAGCCUGAGUUCUCUGUCGAUGCUUACAGGGAAUCUGUAGCAUUGCCAUCAAAAGCCAGCAGCAACAAUGAAGGCUCACAUGUGUGUGCCGAUCACACCGACACAGAUCCUAUUGAGGAUGAAACGACAAACUGUCAUUUCCCAUCUAAAAUCAAAGCUGAAUUCAUGAACUCCAGCUUGUGUUCAGGCGAUGCAAUGGGGAGCACUGAAGAUGCAUAUCAGAGCUGGUCACCACACAGUCCAGAUUUGCCUUUAGGGGCUUCAGACAUCUACAGAGCACAGCAUCCAAACCAGCCGAUAUGUGCUAACAGCGAAGCUCCUGCCACAGUAUCUCAGCAUAGCAGUUCAUCUCAUGAUGCCAGUCUCGCUUCGUAUCACAACAUAUUAUGUACAAACAGGGCCUACUGUAGCAGUAAAUGCUGUGAAAUGCAAAAGAGGACAACAGCCAAAUCAAGCCCCGUAUGGAAGUAUUUCUCUCUAAAAGAGGGAGACUGUAGCAAAGCAGUGUGCCUCAUGUGUAGGGCCGUCAUAUCUCGUGGUCGCAAAGAAUACACAACGUCGGCUCUUCUAAAGCACCUUCGGAUGAAACAUGGAAAUGCGCUAAUCUUUGGCAGUGCUAAGAAGAGACGAAUGAAAGAAAUUACGAGAAAGACUGUGUGAAAACCACUCUGAGCCAGUAUGGACACUGGCUAUUGUGCAUCAUGGCCAAACUUUAAGUGUUUUCAAAUAAAGUGUUUCAUCACAAUCUACGUCACAUGGAGUGGGUUGAGAUAGGGAAGUCAGAAAUGUAAGCUUGCAAUAAGACAUCUAAGCAAUUUGAUUAUGGUUACAGAGAAAGAGUUGGGAAAUAAUGUAACAAUCUUUAGCUUGUAAGUCUAACAAAAUAACAGGAUGUUCAUACUAGCUAGGACAAGAUUAAUCUCAGAGAAAACUAAUAAAAAGAAAUAGAUUUAAUAAUUUUACAGACAUUUACAAAAGAUUUUACCACCCCACAGAAAUGUAAGAUGUUCAGGUUUGAAGUUUUGAACUUGAUUUGUCUUUUAUAGUCAUUUUUGCAAUAAAUGAAUCAUGGUUUAA